AUGGAUGAUGAUUUUUUUGAGAAUAAUAAAACAUUUGAAAGGAGUAUAGUUUUUGAUAUUCUUUAUUUAAAUGGAAAAUGCCUUAUAACCGAAAAAUUAACAUUGAGUGAACGUGUAGCAUUACUUGAGAAUAUUUUUGUUGAAGAAGACUUGUCUACAAUAUUUAUUUCUACAAAAAAAUUAAUUAAUAAAGCUGAAGACUUUGUCAAUUAUUAUAAAAAUGCAAUGUCACAAAACGAAGAAGGAAUUGUUGUAAAAUCAUUAAAUUCACUUUAUCGUCCCGGUAGUCGUGCAGAAAAGAAUGGAUGGUUUAAAAUUAAGCCGGAUUAUGGAAUUCAGUCAGUUUUGGAUUUGGCUGUUGUUGGGGUUAGAAUUGAGGCUGGACAUGAUAGAAAUCGUUUAAAAUCUUUUUUGGUAGCUGCAAAAAGUUGUAAUAAAAAUGGAAAGGAAGUUACUACGAGUGAUGGAAAAUUCAAAUUUAAAAUGAUUGCUGGUAUCACUUCUAGACUUAAAGCUUUAGACUUUCAACGUCUUCGUUCAACCAUUGGUAAUACUUCUGAAUUAUUAUUUAAAAGGCCAGAAUGGAUAGAAGAAUUUGAUGAUACUUCAAAAAAUGCAGACUGUUAUCGUUUUGUUUUCUAUGAAAAAAUACAGAUUGUAGAAGUUAGAGCAUCUGGUUUAAUUAACGGAAAACUUCAAUUUCUUGCAAUUGUUGGUGUUAGACAUGACAAAAUAUUUGAAGAAGUCGACUCAGUUGUAGAUGUUGCAAAUUUUGAUGAACGCCUCCGUUCUCGUCCAAUGAUAGACGAAGAUGAUGAGCAUGAAGCAAAUAUAAUAUUAAAUAAAAAAAGAAAAAUGCAACAAAUAAAUUUAAAACCCUCAAUUAAAUUGAUAAAUUCAAGAGAAACAGAAAAAUUAAGAAGUGAAGAAUUUCAAAUUUGUAAUGAAUUGGAAAAUGUAAAAGUUUGUGUUUUAAAUGCUAAUGAAGGGUAUACUACACAACAAUUACAAAAAAUAUUAAUUGAAUUGGGGGCUAUUCCUAUUGCUAAUCCAACAAAUAACACAGCAUUUUUGGUGGCAAUGAAUCCGAAAACCUUAAAUUGUAUAGCUCAUGUUAAAGCAGAUAAAUGCCAUAUUGUGCAUGGAAAUUGGUUAUUAAAAUGUAAAGAAGAAAACAAAUUGAUACCUUGGAAAUCUUCCGAUUUAAUCCAUUUUUGUUCAACUUCCAAAUUUAAUUUGUUUUCAAUUUCUGAAGAAAACUUAAUUGAAAUGAGACAAAAUAAUAAUAAAAUACUAAAUGAAGAACAACAACAACAACAAAAAUUAAAUUUAAAAAGAAAACAAAUAGAAGUUUGUUCUUCAAAUAUUGCUCCUAAAAGAAAUGUGAUAGGAAAAGAAUUUGAAGAGGAAAGGGAUGAAACUUUAGAAAAUGAACGAUUUUAUGAACAAUUAGCUAGGGAAGCUGAAGAAGUUGAAAUUGAGAUAAGAAAUCAAGUAGAAAAUCAAUUAAAUAGUGACGAUUGUCAGCCUGUUGAAAAAGGGAAUUUAUUUGCUGAUUAUGUCUUUUAUUUACACAACUCCUUGCAACCACAACAAAGAUUAAAAAUUCAAAAAUUAAUUGAAAUGCAAAAUGGAAGGAUUGUAAAUGAAUUGGAUAGUUCAAUAACACAUGUAGUUUUGGAUAAAUUGUAA